AAUGUCGAGAACUGGACCCUAGUAUUUCCUCUCUCUUUCGAUCGUGCGAGCAAAAUGGUUAAUGUGCCAAAACAGCGCCGCACUUAUUGCAAGGGCAAGAACUGUCGAAGACACACUUUGCACAAAGUGACCCAGUACAAAAAGGGAAAAGAUAGUCUUUACGCUCAGGGAAAACGCCGUUACGAUCGUAAACAGUCAGGCUAUGGUGGUCAAACGAAACCCAUUUUCCACAAAAAGGCCAAAACAACAAAGAAAAUUGUUCUCCGUAUGGAGUGCACAGAUUGCAAGUACAGGAAACAAAUUGCCCUGAAAAGAUGCAAACACUUUGAGCUGGGUGGAGACAAGAAGAGAAAGGGUCAAAUGAUCCAGUUCUGAUUGUAAUAAAGUUUCUUACAAUGUGUCA